AUGAAAAGCUCAACAUCAUUAAAGUUAUCAGAGGAAAAGUCGACAGCCAAAGGUUAGACAACCAGCUCUACUUUUCUAAACUUCAAUCAUAACUAGCUUACUACCACUAUAAGUUAAAUAAUUCAUUUUUUUUAUCAAUAUCCUAAAGCUAAACAAAACAAAAUAAAGUUACUUGCAUUGCAAGUUAAUGCUUUGAAUUAAAUAAAAGUAAAAGUCAUUUAGAUUUAAUUUAUUCAUAUUUUAAAUAAUUUAAUUUUGAAUUGAACAUGCUCAUUGAUAAGAUGAGUGUAAAAUUAUUCAGUUUUAAAACCAAAACUGGUUUAAGAUGAAAGUAUUAAGACUUUCUGUAAUAAGAAUACUGACUUAUGAUUUAGUUUCAUUGUUAAUAGAAAUCUAGAAACUUAAAUCUGAAGACAGACAUUUCCAUUCUAAAAUGUAAAUUUUAAAAUUUUAAACAAGCUGGCCACUUUGCUAGGUAAUUGAAAAGAAAUUAUGUUGUAAAAUCUUUUAAAAAUAACAAAUAAAACUAGGGUCGGCCUCAGCAACUGUUGUUGAGAAUCUGAGAGAAAAACUUCAGAUCUGUCAGAUGUACUUGAAGAAAGAGAAGGAGCUGAAUAAAGCCACUAAAAAUGAAAUGAUCAAGUUGAUAGAUAAGCUGCAGGAAGAUCUAAAGUCAUCUCAGUUGAACCUCGAGAUUGUGAAAUCCCAAGAGAAGAGCACCAAGGCCAAGAUAAAAGAACUGGAGAAAGAGAGGCGAGAACUGCAGAAGGAUUUAAAAGCAAGUGUCAUGAAAAUAGAGUCGAGCGCACAGGCCAUCAAAACAGUAGGUUGCUAUGAAAUUAAAAAUGUGCAAAACUAUGGGGGUAAUGUAAAAUUUAAAAUACAAAAGAAUCUCUGUUUUUUAAAGCAUAGCCUAUAGUAAAGAAUCAGUGUUGUAAGAAGGGUAGUGCAGAGGUUGGGGGGGGGGGGGGAAGCCCGCCUGUAGGGGGGUUUUUUUUUUUUUUUUGGGGGACAUCUUUUUUGCACAAAUUUUUUUUUUUUAAAAAUAAAAAAAAAAAAAAAUAACAUUUUUUUAAAACAAAAACAAAAAAAAAAAAAAAAUGUUUUAAGAAGGGGAGUGGAGAGGGUGGGGGGGGGGGGGGAAGUCCGCCUGUAGUGGGACUUUUUUUUUUAUCUUGAGGGACAUCAUUUUUGACCAAAAUUUUUAUUCUUGGAAACGGAAUGGAAAAAAAAGCUUGGCUUACAUGUAAGUUUUAUAAAAUGUCAUAGAAGUCAAUUUAAAUCCCUUUGGGUGAUAGUAAUGAGGUUAUUCUUUUUGCAUGCCAUUUUUUUAAUCGACUUAUCAUCUUUUUUAAAAUUAAAAUAAUUUGCAACUGUCUCUUCUUCCAAGUUAACCAAGUUGUAUGUAAAUAAAGGAUUAUCAAAUAUAAAAAAACUAAACUGAAACAAAGAAUUAAGAAACUUAUCAUCAUGUGGUGUUUUUAUUAGCUAGGCCUGCAGUGUGACAGGGACAGUGAACAAAUCAAAUUACUUACAGAGAAGAAUAAACUUCUUGAAGAGAUGAGCAGAAUCGGAAAUCGUGUGUAUCAGGACAAUAUAAGGGACAUUAUGGAAAGUACCCGAAGGGACAUCACCAAGGUGAAAGUUUCUAAAGCAGCACAAACAGGGUAGGUUAGGUUGAUGCAAUGUUUCUUAUUGUCAUUUAGAGAUAAAGAUUUUAUAAAAGGUUGCUGUUAAAACAAUGGAACAAUUUAUUCUUAAUUUCCUUAUCACGGGAGUGGAUGAAUCGCUUAAAGUGGAAGAAAGUUCAAAAUAUUUCUGUUAAUAAUUAAACCAGAGCACCCCUUGGUGCCAUUGUGUAAUGUUUUGCAGUGGUUUAUACCUUUGUGGCUUUUAGCAAUAAAUUUGUAUCAAACAUAGCAAUAAUGUCAGAUGUAUUUGUAAGAAAGGAGUGUUCAUGACUUAACAUCCGACUUACAAACUUAACCUUGUAUAUUAUUAUUAUGAACUUUUCAGAAAUAAAACAGAAAGUGAAAUAAAACUUGAGGUAAACCAUAAUUCUUUGUUGGAUCUGUUCACAUAUAUAAGGUGACCAUUUUUUCUCUUCAAAAUUUAAAACCAGGACAUUUAAAAUUGUUUUGGGGUCAUACUCAUGGGUGUCCAAAUGUAAACAAUUACACAACCAACUCUUCUGUCUGUGAGGCGUUCUUUUGAAAAAAAAAAUUAUGGUGAUAGAAGUACUCAAUCUUUUGCUACAUUAAUCAUGCUUUAUUUUUUUAGUCUUUAACUAUGCUGGUUAUAACUCACAACUAACCAGGUCAAAUAUCCAAAAACCAGAACUGAACUGGUAAAAAGAGUAUGAAUGGCGACCUUAACCAUAUUACAUUGUUUCAUUUAUAACCAAUGAAAUCCAAGAAUAAUACACUUGUAAGUUACUUGAUUAUGUUGAAAUGUAAAUAUAUCUUUUUGCUUAUACAAGAUUCUUUGAAUAAAAUGUUUAAAGUUAGAAUGAAAUAAUUUUUUUUUUAAAAAUUCAACAUCUUGAACAUCUGCACUGUGUCAGACAAGUUAUGCAAGGGGAAUUUAAAAUGUAUCCACUGUACUGUGGUUCUUUUGUUUUAAAACUGCAAUUAUCAGUUUACAAAAUGGCUUCUUCUAAUCUGUUUGUCAAAUUAGUGGAAAUUAAAAAAAAAACCUACAGGGCUUUCUUUCUUUUUGUUUAUCUCUCCAUUUCAUUUUUAUUUGUCUUGACAUAAGAUUUAUUGACCUAAUUUUUUAAAAAAUAAUUAUCACACAUUUUCAUCAGUGAGUAAUUUUUACCCUUUUAAAAAAUAGUGUGCAGUAUUUACCAAGUUUGAGCUUGUUUUGAAAAUUCAAGAGCUUUUGGAAAAAUAUACAGCAAAAACAGAUGAGGUCUUGAAACUGGAGCGCAUCAUGAGAAAAAGAUCUCUUAUUUUGGAUCAGCUGAAAGGCAUGGUGCUGCAGCAAACAGCAUUAGAGAAGUGUGAAGAAAAAAGAAGUGAGAAGAAAAUUCAGGAUGCUGCCUGUUACAAACAAAAUGUAGGUUGACUAUAUCAUUACAAACAAAAGUAAGGUUGACUGUAUUGUUACAAACAAAAGUAAGGUUGACUGUAUCGUUACAAACAAAAUGUAGGUUGACUGUAUCAUUACAAACAAAAGUAAGGUUGACUGUAUCAUUACAAACAAAAUUAAGGUUGACUUAUCAUUACAAACAAAAUUAAGGUUGACUUAUCGUUACAAACAAAAUUAAGGUUGACUGUAUCAUUACAAGCAAAAGUAAGGUUGACUGUAUCGUUACAAACAAAAGUAAGGUUGACUGUAUCAUUACAAACAAAAGUAAAGUUGACUGUAUCGUUACAAACAAAAGUAAGGUUGACUGUAACAUUACAAACAAAAUGUAAGGUUGACUAUAACAUUAAAAAAAAAAAGUAAGGUUCACUGUAUCAUUACAAACAUAUAAAGUUGAGUUUAUCAUUACAAACAAAAGCAAGAUGACUGCAUUAUUACAAACAAUAGAUAGGUUGACUGUAUCAUUACCAACAAAAGGUAGAUUUGCUGUGUCAUGUCUUGACUACUUAAAUCUUCUUCAACUUUUCAAGUAAACUCUGCUGAUAAUAAAUUACUUUUGAAAUUCUAUUCAGGUGGAACAGAUCAAGAAAAGUCCGCCAAAGUUAAGAAAAGUCAAAAAGGUCAUCAAUGAGCCAGCAGUGAUACAGCCUCAGGAAAAGAUAACUCAGGCAGCCAAUAUUCCACAUCUGACUACUGAAGCAUUAGAUGGAGCGAGCCAUGUUGCCAAUUUCCCCCAUAAACAUGGGAAAUCAGAUAUCCCUAAGAAAGACCCGGCCCCCAAACAUGUAAAUGAACCAAUUCACUUGACCUACUCAUCGUACAAUGAGUCAACUGAUUCCAAGAAAAAUUCACAGAAACCAGUCUCCCAGUCAAGCAGGUAUUCUCUCAAGGAACUGAACCAAGAGCUUCCACCCCAGCCAACACACAAGUCUAAAUUCUUGCAGAUGGAAGAGGCCA